AACGUUGGCCUAAAUAACAAGGGACAUUUCAACUGGGUUAGAAGUUCAUUAGGUUCAAGGCAACGACAGAGCAGACACGUCUCCAAAGUUUCAUUCAAGCAAGUCGACACACUACCUGAGCAGAAAAUGUUAGGCCCCAUAAGUCUGCUGUACUGUUUGGUCGCUCUAACCUUCACCGAUGAAAGCGUGAAAGAAAAAGAACCCAUUUAUAUAGGGAAGACAGCACUUAUCAUCAUGGACAUGCAAGAAAGUUUUAUGUUUGAUGGCAAUGCAUACAUCAAAGGCGCUGAAAACCUCGUGGACGCUAUUAACGACAUUCGUAAGUAUUUCAGUCACCUGUUUGAUGUGGUUAUUUUUACCCAAGAGCAGCACCCAAUGCUUCACGUGUCAUUUUACCCUACAUACCAUUGCAUGAGACCUGGAGACAUCGUCGAACUUAACUACACACUAGACGGGCGACUAUGUAGACAGCACCCCAACGUACCCAAGUGGACUAUUCCGGACGAGCACACAGUGGAAUGUGACUUAGAGAAAGGCACUCACAUUCUUGUCCAGCAAGAGCUCUACGAGCCACACAACAUCGAGAGAGUGCUAUCUGGAAAAUAUUCAUCCAAGAUUGUCAGUCGCCUGACUACUGACUGCUGUAAUGAUGUUAUUGUGGUUAGAGGUCAAUAUCAUCAUCUUGAUAGCGCUUCGGCGUUCUAUGAAAAGUUGAACAAUGUACCAACCACGUUGCAAUCUGAACUGAAGCAACGUAACAUUGACACUCUGUUUCUGGUGGGAAUAGCAAUAGAUCUUGGUAUUAUCCAGACAGUACAAUAUGCCAUCUCGCAACUUAAUUACGAGGUUUACGUUGUACAUGACGCCACUGUCCCCUACAAGAGAGAACGUCUUCCUAUGUGUGAGUUUACAAUACCAAAAAUGGGAGCUCAUUUGAUAUGCAUGAACGACCUCUAUAACAUAAGACCUAAAAAGAAUGUUAAAGAAGAGAAAGAUAAGGCUGAUAAAUGUGGUAAAUGUGGUAAAUGUCCUGAAGGUGAUACAGAUAAAGCUGCAAAAGAUGCAAAAGAUGCAAAAGAAUCAAAAGAUGCAAAAGAUGCAAAAGAAUCAAAAGAUGCAAAAGAUGCAAAAGAAUCAAAAGAUGCAAAAGGCUCAAAAGGUGCAAAAGGUGCAAAAGAUGAACUCUAAGUUUUGGACAUUAUUGAUCGUUACCGCGUUUAAUUCGGCUGGGUGGGAUUCUGGCCAAGUGUUAGAAAUUGUAUUUAAUAUCUGUUUCCAAUUCAUUUUUGUUACGCGAGAAUCUCGGCCACUAGUCAUGUUUGUUACAUGUUUCGCUAUUAAUUUUCGUAGCGAAGUUUACUUUCUUGUUAAAGUUUGAUAAGUUGCAAUGUUUGAAAAUAAAAUCCAAUUCUAUUCCAAGUA